AUGGUACUGCAUUUGUUAGGUAAGAAAAGCUGGAAUGUCUACAAUACUGCCAGUAUCGAACGCGUACGGCGCGAUGAGGCCGAAGCCGCGGCGCAGAAUGAAGCAGAGGAACAGCGUAUGCAGGAGGAAGAUGCUGCAAGGCGCAUAGCUAUACUGCGUGGUGAGACACCACCGACUGUUGUCGUGCACAAUGCGAAUGUCCGCGAUGCAAAACCGUCACGUGAAGCAGCUCGCAUCCACGACGCGGAUACUGGACGAGAGAGGAAGCGGAGACGGCUCCGCGGUGAAGACGACACAGAUAGAGACAUACGCCAUGCUCGUGAGAACGCCGGAGCGGGUAAGACAGCUCGGGUGGCGUUGAGGAAGCAAGGCGAUGAUGCGCCGCUUUUUGAUGAUGCGGGCCAUCUGCAACUAAUACCUGAGCCGGAUCAAAAAGCCACAUCAAAGGCCGAGAAGGGAAAGGAGGGUAAUGGCGUAGCUCGAAGAGCGAAUCACGAUCAGAACGACGGCGAGCAGCAGGGUAUGCGCUUCUCCGACGCAGCCGGCUUCAAAACCAGUAUGGCGAAGCCAUGGUACGCUUCCAACAAGCUUGCCAACGCAGAACAGAACGCAGACAGAUCUCAGGCUGGUGUACGGGAGAAAGAUGUCUGGGGCAACGAAGACCCGCGGCGGAAAGACCGCGAGCGUAAUCGCAUUUCUUCCAACGAUCCUUUCGCGGCCAUGCAGCACGCUCAGCAGCAGCUUAAGCAGAGUGAGCAUGAUCGAGCGCGAUGGCAGAAACAGCGUUUGGCUGAGCUUGAAGUGAGCGAGAAGACUGACAAGCGUAGACGGCGUGAGCGGAGGCAUACGAGGCGUCACCGGGAUGUUGAAGAUGGGCUUGAGGGGUUCAGUUUGGACGCGUCGGGUCGGCCUCAUCGGGGCGUGUCAAGUUGA